AUGUCCCUGUUGUUUACCCGUUCCAAGUCAAUAGUUGCAGUGAAGAAGGAUAAAAGACACAUGGCUGAAGUAAAUGCUUCUCCACUUAAGCAUUUUGUCACUGCAAAGAAGAAAAUCAAUGGCAUCUUUGAACAGCUGGCUGCAUACAUCAAUGAGAGCUCCUCAUUCCUGGAGGAAACACACAAGAAUACAGAGCUUGAUCCUGUCACCACAGAGGAGCAGGUACUGGAAGUCAAAGGCUACCUGUCAAAAGUCAGUGGCAUUAGUGAAGUAUUGGCAAGACGACACAUGAAAGUUGCUUUUUUUGGAAGGACAAGCAAUGGGAAAAGCACUGUCAUAAACGCUAUGCUGUGGGACAAGGUCCUUCCCUCAGGGAUAGGGCACACCACCAACUGCUUCCUGCGUGUGGAGGGGACAGAUGGACAUGAAGCUUUUCUGCUGACUGAAGGCUCAGAGGAGAAGAAGAAUGUUAAGACAGUAAACCAGCUGGCUCACGCCCUUCAUCAGGAUGAACUUCUGAAUGCUGGCAGCCUGGUCAGUGUGAUGUGGCCCAAUUCCAAAUGUCCUCUCUUAAAAGAUGACCUGGUGCUGAUGGACAGCCCUGGCAUUGAUGUAACCACAGAGCUGGACAGCUGGAUUGACAAAUUCUGUCUGGACGCUGAUGUGUUUGUCCUGGUGGCCAACUCCGAAUCGACUCUGAUGCAAACCGAGAAGCAGUUCUUCCACAAGGUGAACGAACGUCUGUCUCGACCUAACAUAUUUAUUCUAAAUAACCGCUGGGAUGCGUCCGCCUCUGAGCCGGAGUACAUGGAAGAGGUGCGGCGGCAGCACAUGGAGCGCUGUACCAGCUUCCUGGUGGACGAGCUGGGCGUGGUGGAUCGAGCCCAGGCCGGGGAUCGCAUCUUCUUUGUGUCGGCAAAGGAAGUGCUGAACGCCAGGAUCCAGAGGGCUCAAGGGAUGCCCGAAGGAGGUGGAGCGUUGGCAGAUGGAUUUCAAGUAAGAAUGUUUGAGUUUCAGAACUUCGAGAGAAGAUUUGAGGAAUGUAUCUCACAGUCAGCAGUGAAGACAAAAUUCGAGCAGCACACGGUGAGAGCGAAGCAGAUUGCGGAAGACGUUCGUCUCAUCAUGGAUUCCGUGCACGUUGCUGCCCAGGAGCAGCGGGUUUACUGUCUGGAAAUGCGAGAGGAGCGACAGGAGCGUUUGGGGUUUAUUGACAAACAGCUGGAGCUCCUCACUCAGGACUACAAACGGAAAAUAAAACAGAUCACAGAAGAAGUGGAGAGGCAGGUGUCAAAUGCCAUGGCAGAGGAAAUCAGGCGGCUUUCAGUGUUGGUGGAUGAGUACCAAGCAGACUUCCAUCCAUCUCAAGUAGUUCUUAAAGUUUACAAGAGUGAGCUGCAUAAACACAUUGAGGAAGGCCUGGGCCGCAACAUGUCGGAUCGCUGCUCCAAUGCCAUCACAGCUUCCCUGCAGACCAUGCAGCAGGAGAUGAUAGAUGGCUUAAAGCCCCUUCUCCCAGUCUCUCUGCGGGGCCAGAUAGACAUGCUAAUUCCCCGACAGUGCUUCACGCUCAGCUACGAUCUGAACUGUGACAAGCUUUGUGCUGACUUCCAAGAGGACAUAGAAUUCCAUUUCUCUCUUGGAUGGACGAUGCUGGUGAACAGGUUUUUGGGACCAAAGAACGGCCGUCGGGCCUUGUUGGGCUAUAAUGACCAGGUGCAGCGCCCUUUAACACCAGCGAAUCCCAGUCUGCCUCCUUUACCUCAGGGCUCCAUGACCCAGGAAGAGCUUAUGGUGUCGAUGGUGACUGGACUGGCGUCCUUAACUUCCCGAACUUCCAUGGGGAUCAUCGUGGUUGGUGGUGUGGUGUGGAAGGCUGUGGGGUGGAGGCUGAUCGCUCUCUCCUUUGGCCUUUAUGGGCUCCUCUACGUGUACGAGCGCCUCACCUGGACCACAAAAGCCAAGGAGAGAGCUUUCAAACGGCAGUUCGUGGAGUAUGCUGGGGAGAAGCUGCAGCUCAUCGUCAGCUACACCGGCUCUAACUGCAGCCACCAAGUCCAACAGGAGCUCGCUGGAACGUUCGCUCAUUUGUGUCAGCAAGUGGAUGUCACCCGGGAGAAUCUUGAGCAGGAAAUUUCUGCCAUGAAUAAAAAAAUAGAAGUUCUGGAUUCAUUGCAGAGCAAAGCAAAACUGCUCAGGAAUAAAGCAGGCUGGCUUGACAGCGAGCUCAACAUGUUCACGCACCAGUACCUGCAGCAAAGCAGAUAGUGUGGGAGAGGAGGAACCCCAGUGGCCCUUCAGCACUCCCUUAGUCACUGCAGAGGACGUGGUGGGUGAUGGAAUUCCCCGCCGGGAACGAGCGAAAGGCUAUUGCUGUGUUUCCAGGUGCUGUGUGAACAGUAGGAUUCUGCUUCCCCGUUUCGUGUCCCACCUCUAAACACUAGCUGUGCAUAACUCUCAUUUUUCCUUGUGAGACCAGGCUGCUGCAGAAGGAACGUGUGCUUCGUACAUUUGCAGGGGGCUUUUAAAGCAAAA